GGGCAUCUCAUACCAACCACCAUCGACUUGCUGCUGAUCGACGCCGCCUUGCCUUCCGAGUCCUCACCCUACUCCCCCCUUCCUCCCACCAGGUGACAUGGCCUCGUCUUCGGCUCACUCCGUCGUACGCGCAGCCAUCCAGCGGCGCCUACUCACCACCGCCCAGCAGCAACAGCGUCACACCCUCCUCCGCUCUCCGCCUUCCCUCCUCGUACGACAUGCCACGACUUCCAGCACAGGCGGAAUGCCGCAACCCACACCGGUACAGAACGUUCCUUCGGCCAGUCCACUGAGCGCGGCUCCCCAAGCAGCUCUGCCCAAGAGCUCACCCGUAGUCCCUGCUGUCUCGCCUCCCACACCGCAAGUAGUACCCUCACCACAUCGUCCCAAGCCCUCUGGCUCCGGCUUCUUCGGCAAGGUGGUCUCCUAUUCCCUCUUCCUCUUUGGCGGCACAUUCCUCGUCACCUACUACCUCGACUCCCGGUCUGCCAUCCACAGAUGGGUCGCCAUGCCCUUCUUGCACUCCUUUGUCGAUGCAGAGGAGGGACAGAAGCUGGCAAUUCAGCUCCUCAAGAGCGGACUUGCGCCCAAGGACUACACCGGAGAUGAAGAUUCGCUAGCAACAGAGCUCUUUGGACAGCCUCUGGUCAACCCCAUCGGUCUCGCAGCAGGAUUUGACAAGCAAGCAGAGGCAAUUGAUGGACUCUUUGAUCUGGGCUUCGGAAUCGUCGAGGUCGGAAGCGUUACCCCCGAGCCACAGCCUGGAAAUCCCAAGCCUCGCUACUUCCGCCUGCCCUCUCAAUCAGCUAGCAUCAACCGAUACGGCUUCAACUCUGAUGGACACAAGGUCGUCCUUGGCCGACUGCUCGCACGAGUGAGGGACCACCUGAUCCUUCACCCCGAGCUCAUCCCGGCCGAGUUCCUCCCAGACCUUCGUAGCCCAGAUGUUGACCCACGACUGACGAGACAUGAGGCCGUUCACCAGGCCGCAACAAAGGUAGCGCAGGAUCCUGCCCUAGUCGCUCGCCUCCUGGACCACAUCGAAUUGCCCCGUUCACUGCGACCAGGACACAUGCUGUCAAUCAACCUGGGCAAGAACAAGACGUCUGCUGAGUCUGACGCCUCCGACUUCGUGAAGGGGGUGGAACGCUUCGGCCCGCUGGCCGACAUGCUCGUCAUCAACGUCUCCUCGCCUAACACGCCUGGUCUGAGGGAUCUACAGAAGCGAGACGCACUCAAGAGGUUGCUCAAGGAGGUGGUGAAAGCCAGAAAUGAGCUGCCACAUCGUCAGACCAAGGACGGAGCAAAGGGCAAACAAGUGCCACUGGUCGUCAAGAUCUCCCCCGAUCUCUCCGAGGGCGAGCUGGACUCAGUGGCCUCCACCGUCCUCUCGUCGGGUAUCGAUGGAGUGAUCAUCUCCAACACUACCGUUCAGCGGCCCGCCUCGCUAGCCGCUACCCUGCCGCAAGGAGAGCUGGCUACUCUUCAGGAGACUGGUGGUCUCUCGGGUCCUCCUUUGAGGCCAAUUGCACGCAAGGCGCUGCAGAGGAUCGCAGGAAAGCUGAGGAGCGGCGGAGUGGAGGUAAUUGCGGCUGGUGGAAUCUCGACGCCUGAGGAUGUGCUGCAAGCGAGCCGGGAUGGAGCCAGCGCUAUUCAAGUCUACACCGCCUUUGGAUGGCAGGGCGUAGGCAUGAUCUCGAGGUGGAAGGAGGAGUUGAGGUCGCUUCUGGCAUCGCCAUCCAGCCCGACGUCCUUCUUGGAUGGAGCAAAGGGCGUUGAGAAGGACGGAGGUAAGAGCACGACCUGGAAGCUGCUAGCGAGGGAUGUCAAGACUUCACUGGCUGCUGCCGAGGAGGAGAGGAAAAAGGCCGACGCACGUGCCUUCAGUCAGAGUGGAAGCGAAGUCAAGAAGGAGCUGGAGCAGCUCAAGCAGUCCCUGGGCGGCAGUCGCAGCGAGAGCAGUGAGAAGGCCGCUCCUUCUUCUGCCCCUGUCACCGGUGCUGGCGUUGGACUCGGUGACGUCUGGUUCCCAGAUGAGAAGGACGAGAGUUACAAUUCGCUGUUGAGCUCAACGCGCAAAGCGCUAGGCCUCGAUGAGCCUUCCCGCGCUGCUUCAUCAUCGUCUUCAUCGUCCUCGCCGAAGUCCGACGAUACUCUUUCGGAGCGAAUCUCAAGCAUCAGGCAACAAUCUUCUCAAAUCAACCCCCUCGACGCCACUCCCGCACCCCCCGUAUCCGUCCUCCAAGGUUCCGAGGGCACUUCAAAUCCCACAGAGACGCGCGGCAGGCAAGAGGAGAAGAGCGUCGUCUUUGUCAAUGAGGGCGGGAAGCCACUGCAGGUCACUGUCCAGCCUAUCAAAGGAGCUGCUCCUGGCAGCUCGAAGUCAACUGGAGAAAAGGCGAAGGGGGCAGUGGAGAACAAGGUCGAAGAGUGGAAGCAGUGGGCUGGUGUGGAUAAGGGGAGGAGAGUCUGAGAGCCAGGACGGAAGAAUCUCUGUCCGGCAAAAGGGAGGAGAGCAUAGAAUAGCAAAAGCUGGCAUACACGUAUAACAUUGGGCAGACGCGACUUCGAAGUGUCCUCGAUCUGUUCAACGUCUGCCCAGCUGCUCGAAGGUCGUCUUGAGUCUAGCGAGCGUGAUAGUAAUAGCUUCCU